GGGUCGUACACAGCGUACGCUGCCCCCUAUGUGUACAGGCAGAUCGGCCAUCGGGCAUACCGUACAGUUGCUGGUCGACAGCGGGCAGAACAGCAAGCAGCAGUGCAUAGUACGGGAAGCCUCUACCUGUGGUGUAGUUCUUGGAUAGCGAAAAAGCAAAACACGUGGAAGCAGCAUUUCUAAAAGCAUACCCUCCCCCGUGUUACAGCAGUGUACAUGCGUGUCGUGUGUGAUUAGAGAAAAGUGUGCCGCGCAAACACAAGUGCAAAGAAGAAAGUUAAACAGCAAGAAAAAAAAAAGACAGUGACCAUCAAACAAUCGCGACACACAGCGGAGAACAGCGGGGACAGGAGUGCCAGCCAGGUGCAAAACCCAAACAGAUCGCCAGAUAAAACGCCAAUAUACCAUACCAAUCCCCCCUGAUGCACUACUGGCGUGGACACUCUUGUGCAUCGUCGUCGUUUGGUCGCAUCACUCGAGGAAGCAGCAGCAGCAGCAGCAAGAGUGGCUGCGGCGACACUAGGGAAGGGAGAGGUAUCGUGAGACAGGUGCUGCCAUCUGCACGAGAGGCGACCGCGUACGUCCUAGGACGCCUCUGAACCAGUGCUGCGAGGUGUGGAAGUCAAGCGCGAGCGACGGAGGUGUGUCUCCCCACAUCCGUCCCAUUCUCCGAUUCUCCGGUUCUUCAGAAUCAGACAGUGCGCGCAUCCUUCUAGGAUGAGUAGGAGCAGCAGCAGUAGUAGUCGAUCGUCGAAAACAACAUCCACAUUGUUAUUGCCUGCAUCAUCCAUCGGAACGGCUGCAGCAACGGCAGCAGCAACCUCGACUGAAGCACGCUAAAAAGACGACAGUCGACAGCCGUUGGUGGUCUAGCAGCACGGACAAAGCCCUUUUAUCCCCAUCACAUCUCUUCAUCGUCAUAUUCUCGCGAUUCGUUGUAUGCAUUUGGUCCCCACCCCCCCCUCCAUCAAACGCCCUGCAAAACGUGUGAAUUUUGUUUGGUCUUCAGUUCAAUUUAGACAAAUCGUACCCUGUUUCCUCAUUGUGCACCGAUUUAAAACAAAGCAAUAAGCGUCGGAGAGAUCUGCUAGAUGUUGUGAGCGCGUAUAUCAAGGGUCUUCCCAUAAGCCGUUGUGUCGAAUUGUUGCCUCUGUACCGUGAACGACCAAUCGUCGCGACAAGCAGUCCGGCUCAAGCAGCAAGCGCAGCUUGUCGAAAUCUUCAUUACACGUUUCACCACGUGCUCUCGCGUGUCCGAUCGUUUCCGCCCAGCCUCGCAUCACACCCUCGCUCCCAUCACGCAUCACAAAGGGACGAACGGUGGGCAAGGCAGGUAUCAGAAGACAGCUAAAAUCGGCAAGAGCAGCAGCACCCCACAGCCGCUUGGCCGUGCGCGCGUGUAAACCGCGGGUUGUGUGUCGGGCUAGUAGCAGAGGAAGAUGUCGGAGCACCAUCGCGGUGCUUGGGGUACGCGUGAGGACGCCGUCUGGUGGCCAGGUGGCAUCUCGUCGACGGAACAGCAGACACUGCAGCACCAUCAGCAUCUCAUCAACCAGCACCAUCAACAGCAGCUCGCCCAGCAGCAGGCGGCCCAACUGCAGCACCAGGUCGCGGUACAGCAACAGCAGCAGCAGCAGGCGGCGAAUCAGCAGCAACAGCAGAACGACAGCGCCCGGAACAACAGCACAACGUCCACGUCCGCUACGCAGCAGCUGUUCUCGUACAAAAUGGCCAACAGCUUUCAGAACCCGGUCACCACGAUGUCCGGUGUGACCGUGUCCACCUCGAACGCGCCCUACGACUACCGGCUCGGCAUGAGCACGGUGGUCGCGCGGCCCGGUGACCCCCCAACCAUGUCCAGCACAGCGCCCACCACCCAAUGGUGGUACUCGGGCGGCCAGAACGCGCUCGACAACUCCCUGCAACAGCAGCAGCAACAGCAGCAGCAGCAACAGCAGCAGCAACAGCAGCAACAGCAGCAGCAGCAACAAACUCAACAACAUCAGAGUCAAGCGCACGUUCAGAAUAACGUGAUUCUGAACAAAAUGGUGACUGGCGGUACCGUAGCGGGCGGUAAGGUAAAGGACAAUAAGCCGAGGGGGCGCAUGACAGCGUACGCCUUCUUCGUACAGACCUGCCGCGAGGAGCAUAAGAAGAAGCACCCGGAGGAGCAGGUUAUAUUUGCGGAAUUUUCGCGCAAAUGUGCAGAACGGUGGAAGACAAUGCUGGAUAAAGAAAAGCAACGCUUCCACGAGAUGGCCGAAAAGGACAAGGCACGGUACGAGCUGGAGAUGCAGAGCUACGUGCCACCGAAGGGGGCCGUCGUUGGACGGGGCAAAAAGCGGAAGCAAUUCAAAGACCCGAACGCACCGAAACGAUCGCUCUCGGCUUUCUUCUGGUUCUGUCAUGACGAGCGGAACAAGGUAAAGGCACUGAAUCCGGAGUACGGCGUUGGCGACAUCGCGAAGGAGCUGGGCCGAAAGUGGUCCGAUAUGGAUGCGGAGAUUAAGCAGAAGUACGAGCAGAUGGCCGAGAAGGACAAGCAGCGGUACGAACAGGAGAUGACCGAGUACAAGCUAAAGUGUAAAAAUGAACAAGGUGGCGUUACACCCGGUCUGAACCUGCCGCAGCAGCUGCAGCAGGCCGGGCUCCAGCAUCUCCCGCAGCACGUACAGGCCGCCGCCCAGCUUCAGGCCCAGGUAGUCCAAGCGCAGCAAGCCGCCGCCGUUGCCGCAGCAGCCGCGGCCGCCGUGCAACAGCAGCACGACGAUGACGACGAGGACGAGGACGGCGAUGAGGAUGAUAAUGAGUAAAAUUAAAAACAAACACAAGUGGAGAAAGCAGCAACAGCAGUAGAAGCAGCAGUCAGCAAAUACACACAAAAAAAUAGCAACAAACAACAACCAACAACAUCAUCAUCAUAAGCCGCAGACGAAUAACUAAACCACCAUCGUGAAAACCUAACGGCUGCUCACUCUCUCCCCCCCCUCCCCCACCCUACUCGACACCUGUAAUUUUCCCACAAAUCUCUUCCUCUGCAUUCUUGCAUUUUUUCGUCAUCGUCGCUAUACACACUUCUGUUCCUCCCCUCCCCCUCCCCCCGUCUUUAUAUUUCUCUCGCGCGAGCUCUCUCUCUCUCUCUCUCUCUCUCUCUCUCUCUCUCUCUCUCUCUCUCUCUCUUUUUUCUUUUCUCUCUAUACUCAUCCCUAUUAAUUAUUGAAAACGAAGGAAAACUCCUGAAGAGCAUUAUACGUGGCAUUGUAAUCGAAGGGAAAUAUGAGAAAAUUACAUCCACAUAUGCAUUACUAUCAAUCUA